GUCGCUGUGAUCUGAGAUCCUGGCAAGUGAGCGAUGUGCGCUAUAACGACAAUCGCAUUCCUCGUCGCGAGCGAGCGCAGGUCCUCCUAUUAAAAAUCCACAUUGGAUCAUUGUGUAUCAAAAUUCAUACGAUAAGGCGCGAUUAAACUCGGUUGUGCGCUAUUGUUCAAAAAGAAAGAAGGGAAAGGAAGAUAAUAUUUUUCCCCCACACAUUAUUAAACAUUGAAUGAAACAGUUUGUGUUGUAAAAAAGGCGAUCGUCACGAAUGAAACGGAACGUGCAAUCGAGGUCGAGUUGUCCGAGUAUAAAGUGUGUCUUCGUUAGGUGACAAAGCAGGUCUUGUCGACGCUCGUGUUUGACGUUUCUCUAUAAAUUCGUCGUCCAUUGCCCGGUUCUUCCGUUGGACAAUUUGGACGUAGAAGAUAAGAAGCGAUUUAAAAGCGGGUCGUCGACGCGAUUAUUGUCAUCAAUCAUCGACGAUCACUAGGUGGUGGGAAUUUGAAAACAUUACAGCUAAAUGAGGCUAAUGGAACCAUUGGGUGUUGAUCUCAACGUGAUUGAACCAACAGCACUAAAAAGAUGGGGAGACUUUCAAACUCAGCAUCAUCGAUUUACCGACUAUUCGAGUGCUUUAGGCGAAUCGGCAAAUUACACUUCUAGUCCAUUUCCCUGUCAAUCAGAACUUAAUCAUAAAAUAGCACUAUGGACUGGCGAUAUAUCUGUUCUACAAGUGGAUGCUGUUAUCAAUCCCACGAACGAAACAAUGGACGACAAUUCACUGACGUGCCAAAGAAUAUUUGCUCGCGCAGGACCUGGUCUUCAAAAAGAAAUCUACAACGAAGUUAAAGAGUGCAGAACGGGUGAAGUAAGGACGACGCAGGGUCAUGGUUUACCGGCCCGUUUCAUCAUUCACACAGUGGGGCCAUUAUAUAAUACCAAAUAUCAAACGGCAGCGGAAAACACAUUACAUUGUUGUUACAGAAAUGUUCUUCAAAAAGCAAAAGAACUCGGAUUGCGUAGUAUUGCCUUGCCUGUUAUUAAUUCGGUUCGACGGAAUUAUCCACCAAAUGAAGGAGCACAUAUAGCCCUGAGAACGGUGAGAAGAUUUUUGGAACAAUAUUCGGAUUAUAUAAGCUGCAUCGUUUUUGUGCUCGAGCCCUGUGAUUUAGGAAUUUAUGAAGUUCUUUUAUCGCUUUACUUUCCACGAACACCAUCGGAAGAGGAAAAUGCAUGUUGGCAAUUGCCAACUGACAUUGGAGGAGUCGAUGGAGAACCACAAUUUCCAGAUCGUCAAAUUAGAAUUAUUGACAAUCCACAACAUGCUCUUCAUGCAACUGACGCAGACGAAGCGGUUGAUUUGACCUCGCAAUUGGAAACAUCGAUUAGCCUCGGUGAUCAUGCUUUCACCCAAAUGCAAGGUGAUUUGGAUCGACAAAGACUGUUAGGAGAGAGACCUCUUACAGAUCCUCUAGCUGAUUUGCUCAAGCAGAUGCAACACAAAGAACGGUACGAGAGACUUCUUCGCCGUGCCAAAAUGGAAGACCUUUCGGAAAUUUCAGGAAUUGGUUGUCUUUAUCAAAGUGGAACCGAUCGACAAGGACGACCUGUUGUCGUAUUUGUUGGCAAAUGGUUCCCGGCUAACAAUAUGAAUCUCGACAAGGCCUUAUUGUACCUGAUUCAACUUCUGGAUCCUAUCGUUAAAGGAGAUUAUGUGAUUGCUUACUUUCACACUUUGACUACCAACAACAACUACCCCAGCCUUAAUUGGCUUCGAGAAGUCUACAACGUACUUCCUUACAAGUACAAGAAGAAUCUGAAGCACUUUUACAUCGUGCAUCCAACAUUCUGGACAAAGAUGAUGACGUGGUGGUUCACAACAUUUAUGGCGCCAGCGAUAAAGCAAAAAGUUCAUAAUCUACCUGGUGUGGAAUAUCUCUACGAAGUUAUGUCUCCAAAUGAAUUAGAGAUACCUGCAUAUAUAACCGAGUAUGACAUGACGAUAAAUGGACUUCGAUAUUAUCAUCCGGAUCAUUCAUCGCAAAAUUCCACGUAACUGUCAGUCUAGACCGAAUUUAAGGUCGAAGCUAGUAACCUAGCAUGGGACAAUCUUCUCUUCAAUGAAUAACUUACCUCUCUUGCAAAAAAAAAAAAAAAUGCGACAAAAUUUAUAUGAGAUCAAAUGAAAAAAAUUGUUUUUUCGAUACUCUACAUGUCGGUCAUUCAUGAAAUAAUAAUAAUCGUUGAAAUUUAAUGAUUCGAAAAAGCGAAAGUAGUGAAAGGAAAGGGAGAGAGAAAAAAACACACUUGUGAGUAGAGAAAUAUGAUGAAAAAUUUUCCCUUAUAAUAUAAUAAUAAAUUUUCCAGCUAGAUGCAUUUAACAAUAUUAAAAAAGAAACUAUCGAAGCAUUUCCCGGUGAAAAUUAAAAAUAGAUGAUAUAAAUUUAUAUAGACAAAUUGUAAAAUAUUUAUUUGAAAAGAAGAUUAAACAAAAAAUAAAAAUUUGAAAUAUAAAGUGGUAACACUAUCCAUUUUUAAGAAACAAGUAGACUCUGUGAGUUAUAAGAAAAGGAUUGUGUUACACUUCGUGCCUUUGAGAAAAAGUGCAAAAGAAAAUAAUUAAUAAAAAAAAUUAAAAGAAAGAAAUAAAAAGCCAAUAAGUCAAAGUUUAAAGUCGAUAAAAUAAACGACUUUCCUUUCAUAAAUUGCAAAUAUUUAAAAAAUUCCCUUUGCUAAUUGUAUGAAAUUUUGAAUUUCAAAUCUUUAAAUUAUUGCCAAAAAAACGAAAGUUCCUCUGAGCGAUUCAAUCAAUUUUUUGCUACAAAUAUUGUAAAGAAUGGUGCUAGUGUAUAAUUCAAAUUUCCUCUCUAACUACCGCAUAAAAUAUUUUCAUUUGUCUAUUAAAGUUUCUUUUAUAGAUUUUUUAUUCCUGAUAAUUUAAUUUUGAAUAAGUUACAUCGCUAAAAAAAACUUUUAUUAAAAAUUGAUGAAUUUAUUAAAAUAAUUUUUCUCCCGUAAAAUCUUUAAAUUAAUAUUUUACUACAUAUUUUAAUAAUUAUUUUUAAUAACUGUUUCUUUAGUCUAUAUUAAAUUUUAUGACUUACUUUUUUAUACCACAUGAAUAUUUCAUUACUUAUUGAGUUUAAUAUUUUAUAUAAAUACAUUACUCUAUUCAUUUUUUUAAAUACUCUUAUUUUUACCAAAUACAUAUUUUCAUGUAUUUUUUAAUAGGCUAAGAAAAAUAUAGUUUUUAAAAAAAGUCUUUCUUCGUUACAGAUUUUAAAACAAGAACUGUUUUUCAUUUUAUCACUGUCAAAUGUGCCAAUAAUAUAAAUUCAAUGAAUAGAAAAUAUUUUUAAAAUCUACAUUUCUUAAAAUAUUCAUUGGUUUUUGUAAAAAGAAUUUAGUAAUGUUCAGUGAAUACUACAUCACAGUAUGAAAUGUUUUUAAAAAAAUUAAAUUUGAAAUUUAAACUUUAAAUUUUGUGAAAAUUUUAGUUAAAGUGUAAAUUUUUUAAAAUGUCACCUAACAGUUGUGUUACAAAUUUAAAAUUAAAAAGAAAAUGACAGACUAUUAUAAUUAAGUAGAAGAGAAUAAGGAAAAAUUCUUUUAGCCCCUGGACUGAUGAAAAAAAUUGCAAUUUGAGAACGAUGCGCGCGCAGAGGAUGAGUGGGUGGGGGUAUGACGCUAUUGGCUAUCGUCACUCCUCACCUCUCUUUGCCUAUUGCGCGCGCAGUUUUCUCAACCAAAAUAAUACCCUCAAGCCUCAAGCAAUUUAUAACCAUUUUUAUAAUCCCUGGAUCAUUAGUUUUUAGUUUUAUUUAAGUGAUCUAAAUUGCUUACUUAUAAACUAAAAACUAUAUCUAAAUGACUACUAAUAAUAAUAAUAAAAACUACCCAUAUUAGUAAUAGUCUUAAACUGCCGUGCUUUAAAAUAAGAAAAAAUUAUUUUCCAAAAAAUAUUCUUCUCUAAAAAAUCACAUAUCUCUUAGAGAGCACUGAAUGACAAUGUCUCCUAUUCUCUCUCCCUUUCUUUAUUUAAAAAAGAUCACUAAUAAUAUAAAAGUAGAAAAUAACGGCGUGUUUACCUUCUACAUUUCCAGGGCUAUAAAUUCGUAGUUCUUCCGCUAAUUCCGCCAACAUACCAAAUCUGCAGUGUUCUGAUUCUUUAUUAUCGUAAAGAAAGAGCUUUAUAUUCGCGCAAAAAUUACAAAACUAAAAAGAAUUCUAGAAAAAAGCAUGCAUUACGAGACAUUUAAAGUGUAUAAAUAAAUUACCUCCUUCGUCACUCGACGAAUUUGUUGUACCACGUGGUUUCAUUCGCGUUGGAUAUUAUAGUUGUAUUCAAGUUUAAAAUCCAAUCGAUUCGCAUCAAAUCGAUUAUCGUUACUCUGUUAAAAAAGGAAAAAAUGCAAAAAACAACCUAUAUUUAUAAAAUGAGUCUGUACCUAUAGGCUUAAAAAUUUAAAAAUAAAAAAAAUCACAGGCAAUCAUUUCAAUAUACAUAUAUAUAUUCUCUACGCUAUUUACACUGAAAAUCGUCCCCCCACCGCCAACCACAGCACCAAAAAUGCUGUUUUAUGAGAGUCAAAUUAUUAUAUUUAUGCAAAAAAAAGUGUGGUGUCUUAUUUAGAAAUAAUGUCAUCGAAUGUAAGGGAAAUAAAAGCUGUUCUAUAAAAACCCCCUUACGGAAAAAAAAUAUUGUCGUUAAAAAAUGAUAUUUAGGUCGAAGUAUUCGAUUAUAUUAAACGGCUGUUGUAGAGUAUAAUAUUAAAUUUUAGAUUAGCAACGUUAUAGGGUAAAAAAAAUUAUUUCGUUUUGAGUUGAAAACACUGGUAAGAGUGGGGUAAAGUACUGUGAUUAGUGUUUGCAGUCUCCCCCCACCACUUGCGUUCGGUGUUCUCAAAAACGAAUACACUAUAAUGACGCUAGUACUUACAAAUUUUAAUAAACAAAAACUAAGAAAAAAAAAUCCCUAAACUAAGAAAUUGUAUUCAUUGGAAUUUUGUAAAGUUCAGUAUUGAAGAAUUGAAAAACUAUUUUUUAAUGCGUUUUCAUGUGGGUUGUGUAUAAGAAUAGAUGAGAAUUCAAAUUAAUUCAAGAAAUUAUAAUUUUCGAAAAAGAUAAAUAACCUAAUAAUGUAAAAAUCUUUCUUCUUCUACAUAUAUAUAUGAAUUCAUCAAAAGUAUUCAAAAAUUUUUUUUCCUAAAAUGCUCAUUGCUCAAUGACAAAAUUUUCAUUCAUCCCUGUAAGUCAAUGUAAAAUUUCUAACCGUAGAUAUUUUCCUCUUUAAAAAAACAAACAAAAAAUACAAAUUGACAUUUGGAAAAUGUUUCUGAGCUUUUUUUAGUCUAAUAUUUUCUUUGACGAAAGUAUAAGACGAUGUUAUUAAAAAUGUAGAAAGAAAACUGUUCACACGUUUUAUUAGUAAGAUUUGAAUAUUUUAAAGCAACAAUCUUAGAACUGAAUUCAAGUUUAUCCCACAACGACUUGAUGACUGGCAAAUUUGUGUUGGUUGACUGCUUAUUAAAAACAAAAUAAUAAUAAAUGUACGAAUUAGCGUCCCCAUUGCGCGCGCACUACACGAAGAGAGUGGGGUACGCAGUGUGAUUAGUUCUCCUUCUUCUUCGUGUUGCGUGCGCAUCCAAAAGGACGCUAAUUCGAACUCGCAAAUAAUGGACGAUUUGAUUCGUCGAAAAAUCAGUAUUUUUAACACCGUGCACAAAAUUUAUGUCACGGUUACUGUUAUAUGUUGUGCCGAUGCUCACUUUUGUAAAUAAAAAAAAGAAACAAAGAAGGUAUAUAUGUAUGUGCAAUCGGUGCAAUAAUUUUUAGAGUUUAGAAGGCUGACAAAGGAUGAGAGCGAUAAUGAGAAGAAAAAUAUGUAAAAUAAAAAAUUAUAAAAAAAAGAAAUAAAGGGGAACUUGAGCGAAAACGAAAAUGUAUCUAAAAUAAAGCCUAAGUUGGCGUCUUUUGCGCUCCGGUUGCUUCCUUUAUUUUCUUAUCAAAAUAAAACAAAAAAAACUGUUAUUAAUUACGAAAGAGUAUCUAUUUAAUCGUAGUAUACGAAGGUAUUUUACUAUCGUGACUUUGCUAAAUAGAUUAUAAAAAUAAUCGAAUCGUGAAAUCGUAUUUUCAGGAUAAAACCUAGUUAAUAUUUUAGAAUUUAAAGCGAUAACCUCUUGCGUAGCUUCGGCUCCGACGGAUUGGCCCCCCGCCCUCUUUCAGCAAAAAAAAAGCCAUUUCGAUGUUAUUAUCCAUUUUUGUCAUAUUAAACAUUUUGCCUCGUAAAUAAAAAAAUUGCAAUUUAAAAUUGUAAUAUAAUAUUGUCAGUCGUUUGCAUAAAAACAUAUAUAUAAUUGGCCAAUCGACGCAGCGGUAGGAGGUGAUAUUUUAGAAAUAAGAGUAUUAAUUUUAAGAGCUUCGCUAAAAAAAAUAUAUAUUAUUAUUAUGCCCACCAUCCACAGAGGAUAAUUUGAAAAAUUGUUAUCGGUUUUUAGUGACAAAAAGAAUCACGUAUAUAAAUAAAUUGACCAACUCAUUCGUUUUAAAA